UAUAUAACUAUACACUCUUCAGCAGUUCUGCCUUGUUGCAAAGAAGAAACUUCAUUGACGAGAAAGAAAGACUGUUGUACUUCUGUUUACUUCAAAUCUCCUCCACGCUUCUUCGAAGGAUAUUCUAUUUCUGCCUCCAAUUGUCUGCCCGUAAUCAGUCUGGGGAAAAGGUUUCUGGUGGCCAUGAAGUCGGCAUACCUCUUGUUGUUGGCAGCUGUGGCGGUGUGUAACUUCACAGUAAAUCAAGCACAAAGUAUCCCAAGCGAAGCGGACCUGGAGGAGCGCCCAACGCUAAGGGACAUCCUGCAGCGUGUCGAAAGUCUCCUCAUUCGCUCCAUUAUCAGGAAAAUCGAGGAAGAGGACAGUGAAAAUGAUCUGUCGUCACCCCAACUUAACUGGCUAGAGAAGCGACAGCAUCCAGGGAAACGUCAACAUCCAGGAAAGCGCGAAGACGACGACUACGAAGACUACACAGAUGUGCAGAAAAGACAGCAUCCAGGAAAGCGAGAGGAUGCCUCGGACGAGUCGCUAGAGAUUCAGAGAAGGCAGCACCCAGGGAAGCGCCUCAUCUUGAAUCAGUUCGCUGAAAACCCGGCCGCCCAAAGCGCUCUCUUAAACGAACUUUCUAAACGGCAGCACCCGGGGAAACGCUACCUGAUGACGUACAACAAGCGGCAGCAUCCUGGCAGACGCGAAAUAGAUGAGAGUGAGCUGGACACUGCCGGACUAUUGGAUCUGGAGAAUCUUCAGUAUUCUGGGAAAAAGUAUUUAGACGGCACGAUCCCGGAUAUAAGCGUGAGCGGCGGUCCUUGCGACGUUCAGGACCCUGCUACCUGCAGUAAAGCCAGUCUACUGUUGGGGCUGCUGGAUAACGUGUCCAAACCUCGCCUUGAGGAGAAGAGACAGCAUCCCGGGAAAAGGCUGGCAAUAGAAGAUGAUGUAACGGAACAGGAAUGAAGUAGAGUAUUGAAUGAUGGAACGCGUGAAUAGAGUGUAAAGAAGUAACAAAGAGUUAUACCAAUAAAGAUUAUUUAAUAAUUGUUAA